AUGGACACAUUCAAUUUUGUUAAAGAUGGGGUGAUUAAAUUGCCUCCUGGAUUUCGAUUUCAGCCAACCGAUGAAGAGAUUGUCUUUCAAUACCUCACACGCAAAAUAUUUUCACGCCCUUUGCCUGCAACAAUCAUUCCGGAGGUCAAUAUAUACAAACACGAUCCUUGGGAUUUGCCUGCAGGUGAGUCGGACGAGGACCGCUACUUCUUCAGCAACAAGGAAGCCAAGUACCAAAAUGGAAACCAAACCAACAGGACAACUGGUGGUGGUUAUUGGAAGGCAACUGGUUUAGACAAACAAGUUAUAAAUUCAAAAAUAAAGCCAGUAAUGGGAAUGAGGAAGACAUUGGUUUUUUAUAAAGGGAAACCUCCUCAUGCAGCUAGAACAGAUUGGAUCAUGCAUGAAUUUCGCCUUGUCCACCACGGAAAUGCUACUGAUGACAUUGCUCAGUCUACAAAGACAUCUACUCGGGGGAAUUCGUUGGUUCAAAUUGGCAAUUGGGUUUUUUGUCACAUAUUUCUGAAGAAAAGAAACAUGAACACUACUGAAGAUCACGAAAACAUAGGGACAUGCAAGGAUGACCAAGCACCAAGAUUCUACCAAUUCAUGAUGGGAAACUUGAACGAUCUUGGUCCUAACCCUCCAACCUCAUCUUCUUCUUCAAAUUCUGAUUCCAGUAGUGUCAUCACUGAGGACUCUUCAAGUCAAUUAGAUAACGAAGAAACCAGUUGCCUCGAAAUACAGUGA